AUGUACCAUGCCGUAAGGUUGUCGGUCGGCAACAGGCUGUUCUUUGCCCCUGUCGAGAAUCCAACUUCCGUGCUUGACAUCGGCACUGGCACCGGUAUUUGGGCCAUCGAGUUCGCGGACACCUAUCCGGCCGCCGAAGUAUGUGGGACGGACCUGAGUCCGAUACAACCAUCUUAUGUUCCACCGAAUUUACAGUUUGAAAUUGCAGAUGCAGAUGAAGAAUGGACAUUUCGACAACAAUUCGAUCUAGUACAUUCUCGUGUCAUGAAUGACACUUCGCUAAAGAACUGUAAGAGCACUCAAACAAGUGGUGUGGUCCUCAAACCAGGUGGCUGGGUUGAAUCCCAAGAAUUCAGCUACAAACGCUACUCCGACGACAACAGCAUUCCCGCAGAUUCACGGAUCACCGAAUGGGAAAAUCUAUGGACCGAAGGCAUCAACAAGAUCGGACUGAAAGGCCACUGCGACCCAGAUCUCGUCAUGCAGCAAAUGCGCGACGCAGGAUUCAUUAAUGUUGCAAGACUGAAUUUCAAAAUGCCGAUAGGUCCGUGGGCCAAGGACAAGAGGCUACGGGAAGCUGGAAUGUUUGGAUAUGUCAAUUUGAUGGAUGGGUUCUACGGACUCAGCGUCAAGGUCUUCACGCAGUUGCUGGCAUGGCAGGUUGAAGAGCUCCAGGUCUUAUUGGCCCAAUGUCGGCAGGAGCUGAGGAGGAAAGAUAUCCACGGAUAUUGGCCCAUGUGA